GGGAAACUGGCGACGGCUUUUGGCGCCUUUUCCAUCCGCGGGCUCGAGCUGUUGACGUCACCCGCGCUCUGGUUGGAGCCGCCGCUCACGAUUCUGACCAUUUCAACGACAUUGCUGGCUAUUUUUCCAAGGAAGCGUUUGAAGAACUAAUGGACUGGGAGAAGGUCCGUUAUAAGAACAUAAAACGGAAUUAUGAAGCCAUGGUUGCCAUUGGAUUAGACGUACCAAAGCCCGAAUUUAUGACCAAUCGGAGCAGAAGGCGUCCAAUCCAAGUAUACGAAUCUAGCGAGUCAGAUGAGGAUUGGACACCUAAACUUCUGACAAAAAAUCCACAACGAUUCAAAAUCUUUAGGCCUUUUAAGAAUGAAAAUGGCAAGAAUUCCAAAAGAAAGCCUGUCAUAAAGGUCACGUCAUAUACAGGGGAGGACAAAAGAGAUUUGGGAGGAGCCACUGAAGAAACAAAGGAAGGCACAGUGUUGGUUAAAAGAAUCAAAAGAGCAACAGGUAAUUCUGUUUGUAAAAGUGAAACUCAAAAUGAGUGACUCCUGUGCAUUACAGUAAAUAAUUGAGAUGAGAUAAUGACCAUCUGACUACCACCAUGUCAUUUAAAUUCAAUUCAUAGAACAUGUUGCAUAUUA